GGGCGGUCCUAAGGGGCAAAGCUGGGGGUAGGAGGACUCCUGCAGGGGGCAGGGUGGAUCGCGCCGCUGCCUAAGGAAGGACGAUGAGUUCUGUGGGUUUUUGCAGCGUUUGCUCCCUUCUCACCUGAAGGCAAAACUCCGGAAAAGUCCGCGCGUGCUGAAGGAAGAUGAGUUCGGGCUUGACCGCAAGUGAAGGCAGAGACGCUGAGGUGGGGGCGUGGAUGGUGGCUGCGGGGCCUAGGGUCGCCGCGCCGCCCCUGCGCGAUGGGCUUCUGAUAGUGAAAGUGGAGGAAGACCCACCGGGAGUUCGGGAGUCCGACCCGCCUGUGGAUGGCCUGGAUCCCGAAACUUGUCGACAGUAUUUUAGGCGGUUCCGUUAUCAGGAGGUGGCCGGACCCGAGGAGGCGCUGAACCGGCUCCGGGAACUCUGUCGUCGGUGGCUGCGGCCUGAGGUGCACUCGAAGGAGCAGAUCCUGGAGCUGCUGGUGCUGGAGCAGUUCCUGACCACCCUGCCCCCGGAGCUGCGGGACCGCGUGCGGAAGCACGACCCCGCGAGCGGCGACCAGGCUGCGGCCAUCGUGCGGGCUCUUCAGAGAAGGCUUGGUGGAACCUCCCUCCCGGGAUUGGUGAAGGUCAAGGAUGUACCUGUAACCUGGGAGGAGUGGGAGCAUCUGGACCCAGUUCAGAGGGACUUCUACAGGGAGGACAUGCUGAAGGAUUAUGGGAACACAGUCGUACCAAGUUUGGAAACCAGAACAGAGAACAAAGAGUUGAUUCCAAAGCAAGAAAUUCUAGAAGUAGAGCCACAGAUGCAGCUACAAGAAAGGUCCCAGGGGAAUGCUCCCCUGUUGUCCAAAUGUGGUGAUACCCAUGAGGAGAUGGUAGAAAAGCACUCAAGAAACCCUUUAUUCCUGAAACUUGAAAAUUCUCCUGAGGAGCAAAGACUCACCAGCAUCUCAGAUCUCAAGAAUGUUCCCACAGAAGAGGGAGACUCUAAAAAUAAUGAAAUUGGGAAUAGUGCCAGAAGUUCAAACUUGGUUCUUUGUAGGCAUGGCCUGACAGCAGAGAGAUCUGUUAAUGGUGCUGAACGUGGCAACAAGUGCAAACAGAGUUUAGAUAUAGUGAAACUUCAAGUGGUGAAACCUCACAAAUCUAUUGACAAUGUGGAAAAUUUCCAUACUUCAGGCCUUUUUCAGGCCCAGAGGCAGCUCCGUGAAGAAAGACCUUAUAAAUGUGAUAACUGUGGAAAGGGUUUCAAACAGCGUUCUGACCUCUUGAAACACCAGAGAAUCCACACUGGGGAGAAACCCUACGAAUGCAAAGAAUGUGGGAAGAGCUUCAGUCAGAGUGCUGCCUUGAUUAAACACCAGAGGACACAUACAGGGGAAAAGCCAUACACAUGUCCCAAAUGUGGGGACAGCUUCAGACAGAGCUCACAUCUCAAUCGGCAUCAACGAAUCCACAUAGGAGAGAAACACUAUAAAUGUACUGAAUGUGGGGAGACCUGCCGUAUUUCCAACCGUUUUAGACAUCAGAGAAUCCAUAAAGGGGAAAGACCCUAUACAUGUGAAGAAUGUGAGAAAAGCUUCAAACGGUGCUCUGACCUCUCUAAACAUCAGAGAACCCACACCGGGGAGAAGCCUUAUGAAUGUUCUGUCUGUGGGAAACGCUUCAGUCAGAGUGCAACCCUCAUCAUACACCAGAGAACUCACACUGGAGAAAGGCCUUAUAAAUGUCUUGAAUGUGGGGAAAGCUUUAGACAGAGUCCACACCUUAUUCGACACCAAAGGAUCCACAGAAAUAAAGCUCCAUCAUUUUGACAUGAUUCUGCAUGAGCUGUUUUCUUUCAUUUUAUUAUUGCCCUGAAACUACAUUCUCUGGCUUUUGGUGUAUUUCAGUCAGUUGUGGGUCAUAUUUCCUUGGGCAUCACAACCAAGAUAGAUUCAGUCUGACUUAAAUUUCAAGGCGUAAUGUUCAUAGAGUAUUGCUAUGAAGGAGAAGCAUGUAAGUUGGGAGCCCCUCCACCAGAUGGACCUGUGGAGGAGACUUCGGAGAAGGGUGCAACAGUCUGUCCUUGUCUCUCCACCCUUCUUACCUCUGCUGCUCUUUGACCAAAUCUUCCACAUUCCCAUUACUUCCCCAAGAAUUCAUUUUAGUAACUUACAGUUAUCUUUCUAUUUAGAUGGUAGAGAGGAUUUCAAGUACUUUCUCAUACAAAACACCUCAUACAUUCAGUUCAGUGAAUACAAGAGCCACUCUAUGUUUUUGACUUUUAAAUAUUCAGUUUUGCAGAGUCCCUCUUUCCCAUUCUUUCCCUAUUGUGUUAAACUGUAGGCACAAAUAAAAACUUGGAUUAGAGCCUAAAUCCAUUUUUUUCUCUUUCCAGUUCUGUACAUGGUAACAUGUAUUGCAUCUAAAUUCUUUCUGAACAUUUUUUUUUUUUUAACUAAAGGGAUAUAAGCACAUUACUGGAUAUUUGGGAAAACAACAAGGGAGAAAAUGACCCAUACUCCCACACUUGAUCUGUUACUGGCAUUUACAGUUAACCAUUGAACUACGUGAGGGUUAGGGGUGCCUAUAUCCUGCACAGUCAAAAAAUCCAUGUAUAAGUUGACUCCCCCAAUAUUUAAGUCAUCCCUAGAUAUCCAUGAGACAAGGACAGACUGUUGCACCCUUCAAGACCCCUGCAGGAUGAAUAUUUGCAUAUGCUCAAGUCCCUUAUAUUAAAUGAUGAUAUAGGAAAAUGCAUAUAAUCAGCAUUCUAUGUUUGCAAAUU